AUGCCAUCCUUCAAAGCCAUCUCGGCCUCGCUUGUAGGCCUGCUGAGCCUUGGUAGCGCCAGCGUCAUUCCCCCUGUGAACAGUGAGGGGUACUUGGUUGCCUCGACCUACUUUGCGGGGUUCCACUCCACUAGGGGAUUUCCUGUCUCGGCGAUGCCUUGGGACAAGUACACUGAUGUGAAGUAUGCGUUUGCUGAGACUACGCCUGAUGGAUCACUCAACGUUUCCACGUCGCACCCUGAGAACAUUCCUUGCUUCGUCAAGGAUGCCAAGAAGCACAACGUCAAGCCUCUUAUCUCAAUCGGCGGUUGGGCUGGAAGCCGAUUCUUGUCUAGCAACAUCGACGGUGCCAAGAACCGCACCAAUUUCGUCAAGAAUGUCAUCGACUUUGUUGAGAAGUAUGGCUUCGAAGGCUUUGAUAUUGACUGGGAGUACCCCAACCGUCAGGGUCUCGGAUGUAACGUCAUCAACAAGGAUGACACUGCCAACCUUCUCGAAUUCUUCAAGGAGAUUCGCAAGGACCCCAAGGGUAAAAACUACUACAUCACUGCCGCUGGAUCUGUCUUCCCCUGGAACGACAACACUGGUGUCGCCUCCAAGGAUGUCAGUGGCUUUGCUGAUGUCCUCAACUACAUCAUGCUCAUGAACUACGACUACUACGGCGCCUGGUCCGCCGUCGCCGGCCCCAACGCCCCUCUCUACCGCUCGUGCGAUCCUCGCAACGACCAGGGCUCCGCCGAGGACUCCGUCACCAAGUGGACCGCCGCCGGCAUGCCCGCCUCCCAGCUCGUCCUCGGCGCUCCCAACUACGGCCACGGCUUCAAGGUCAACAGCACCUCCGCCUAUGGCAAGAGUAAGAACCACAAGCUCCAGCUGUACCCCGCUCAGAACUCUACCGAUCGCUUCCAGGGAAGCAGCUGGGACAACGAUCCUCUCAUCGAUGCUUGCGGUAACCCCAACCCUCCUGGAGGCACCUAUCCUUUCUGGAGCUUGAUCAAGGAGGCUCACUUCCUCGAUACCAAGGGAAACCCUGCCUCUGGUAUUGCUUCUGCUUGGGAUAACUGCAGUCAGACACCUGUUCUUUACGAUGCCAAGCGUGAGAUCUAUGUCAGCUACGACAACGCUGCGUCUUUCUACGACAAGGGCAAGUUCGUUCUUAAGAACAAGCUCGCUGGAUUCGGAACCUACGAGGCUGGUGGCGACUACAACAACAUCCUCAUCAACUCCAUCCGAUCGGCUGUUGGUCUGCACUAA